UGCAUUUAUGAAUGGCGCCACAAAUUUGCAGGCCAGUCACACACAAACACACACACACACUCAGACAGGGGAUCCCGAUCCGUCACAGGGAUGACAUCACCACCGCGGUGCUAAACAAGAGCCAAACAAGGGAGUCCCCCGCUUCCUCUGUGCAGCACGGACGCUCUCAUUGGCUGGCUAGGGAGAAGGCGUCGCCAUGGGAACCUUAAGGAGGGUUGCGGGGUGUUCAUUGCACACUUCCACGCUCACACAGCGGCCGCUUGUCAUCCUGGAGCGCUCUCCCUUCUUUCGCUUGUCUUUAACUUGACUUCAGACGAGAACGCAGACAUGAAAGAGAAGAACCCGUGGCACAUGUCUGGGAUGGUGGCGUUGGCCGUGAUUGGCGUGAUCGCCCUGGUCACCCUGGUGGCGGUCAUGGUGAUCCAGAACAUGCCCCUGGCACAGAAGUACAAGUACGGGAUCGUGCUGGACGCCGGCUCGUCGCACACGACCGUCUUCAUCUACGAGUGGCCCGCCGAGAAGGACAACAACACGGGCCGCGCUGAGCAGAAACACUCCUGCGACGUCAAGGGUCCGGGUAUCUCGAGCUACGUGGGGACACCGUGGAAGGCCGGCCAGACCCUGAGGGAGUGCAUGCGCCAAGCCGAGGACAACAUUCCCGAGAAGAGACGCGCCGAGACGCCGCUCUACCUGGGAGCCACCGCCGGGAUGAGAUUGCUCCAUAUGAAGAACAGCUCGGCAUCCGAGGAGGUAUUCAGGGCCGUGUCGGACACCCUGCAGACCUUCCCGUUCUCAUACCAGGGCGCCAGGAUCCUCAGCGGCCAGGAGGAGGGCGCCUACGGAUGGGUCACCGUCAACUACUUGGACAACCGCCUCAAACAGGGCCUGAGGACCACGGGGGCCUUGGACCUCGGCGGGGCGUCCACCCAGAUUAGCUUUGUGCCCCAAGCGUUGGACGGCGGCGGUUCGCCCGGCAACUCUGUGACCUUCCGCCUGUACGGAAACGACUACAACCUUUACACGCACAGCUUCCUGUGCUACGGGAAGGAUCAGGCACUCAGAAUGGCGCUGGCACACCACACUCAGUCCGGUCCUAUGGCGAUAAAGGACCCAUGCUUCCACCCAGGCUACGCCGCAACAAAGGCGUACUCGGACCUCUACGACAGCCCCUGCGUGUCGGACAGGAAACCUCAGGGAGCCCCCGAGUCUUUCCUGCACACUGGAAUAGGAAACUUCCAACAAUGCCAGGACGUGGUCCGGACCCUUUUCAAUUUCAGCCAAUGCAAAUAUAGCCGUUGCUCCUUCAACGGCGUCUACCAACCACCUUUGCAGGGGCACUUUGGGGCGUUCUCAGCCUACUACUACACCAUGAGCUUCUUCAACCUCACCGACACGUCCAUCCCUCUGGACACGGUCAAGGAAACAAUAGCCCGAUUCUGCGCCACGCCCUGGCAGCAGGUGAAGCAAGAGAAUCCUGGCACCAAGUUGAAGUAUUUGGUGGAGUACUGCUUUGCCGGCGCGUACCUCAUCACCCUGCUGACGGACGGAUACAAUUUCACCGCCGAAACGUACGCCGACAUUAAAUUCAUACACAAGAUCAAAGGAAGUGACGCGGGCUGGACUCUGGGCUACAUGCUGAACCUGACCAACAUGAUCCCGGCCGAGGCUCCCGACACGCCGCCGUUGCCCUACAGCGGCUACGUGACCAUCGUCACCGUCACCGUCUUCCUACUCCUGGCCCUCCUAUUGCUCGUCGGGCGCACCUUCAGGCCGAGCUGCUUCAAGCGGUCGCUCAUCAUAUAGACGCACGCACGGCAAGCGCUACUAAGGAAUCCACGUCAACUGUGAUGUGAAUAAUAAGAGUGCAUAAAUAAAAUAGCCUAUGUUUAUACACACA